CUUUCUUGUCUUCUCUUGAAGGUUAGAUACCGGCGGACACACGAUGGGAGUGACAACGUUGAUAUUGGCGGCCUUUCUUCUUCAAACAGUAUUUGGGUAUUACACUCUUAAGCAGCUGUCAUAUACGCAACUUGCCACCGGCAGCAGUAGAGGGUCCUAUGUUUAUGGAGGACUGAACCUUGGCACAGCAACCGAUGCCGCUUAUGACUUUGUGAACAAUAUUGUAUAUAUAAUAGGAGAGAAAAGUCACUACAUGCAUGUUGUAGAUAUUGCCGAUCCAAGUAAUCCUAAGGUAUUGUUCAUACAUGAAUUCACCAAAGGAGAAGGAGUGCCUAGAUCUAUUGACAUAUGUGGUGACGAGAUCGCAGUGGCGUUAGCCGCACAGACGGAUAUAAACGAAGGUCACGUACGCUAUUAUCAUACAUACACUAAAAACUCUGGGGCAACAGACAUGACACUCGAUGGUUAUGUGACAGUUGGACCCCAUCCAAACCACUUGAAGUUUACAGACGACUGUGGAACUGUUAUAGUAGCUAACGAAGGUAUCGCAGGCAAAGAUGAGGCUGGGAAAUACAUGGAUCCCGAGGGUUCUAUUACUAUCAUACACGGAGAGAAAACAGGCAACCCUUCUGUCAGACUGGUCGAUUUUUCAGCAUUCAAUACUGGGCAGCCUAACUACAACCAGAAUUUAAGAACUCCAUCACUAUACAUACCCAGUAGCAUGGUAUCACCAAUGACAACAGUAGCCCAGGAUGUAGAACCAGAAUAUGUCACAAUUAGUAGCGACGGUCGAACAGCUUACGUCACACUUCAGGAAAAUAAUGCCAUUGCACAGGUAAAUGUAAACAAUGGUGUUGUUGACCGUGUCAGUCCAUUACCUUAUAAGUUCUGGAACACACAUGGCAUUGAUGUAAGCGACCGAGACGGAGGUAAUGGAACUUCCGGUGUUCACCGAAGAACGUUUUCCGGACUUCAGUCAUUACGUCAACCAGGUGUGAUCAAAUCUCUCCAGGUGAACAGAAAGAAAUACCUAUUUACUGCCGAUACUGGGGCUGUGAAAAGUUUCACUAGCUCCAAACAUGGAUUUAGCUGGACGGAUAUGGCCGCUGCAAAAUCUCUAAGUAAAAGUAUUGAUACUACACUAACUGAUCUAGUGGCAAACGUAAACAACGAUGAAAUGUUAGGUCGACUCCAAGUAAGCACAGUCGAUGGGAAGAAUAUGUUCAGCCAAAAAUUUCAGCAUCUCGAGGCUUUCGGCGGGCGGGGUUUUUCCAUCUGGGAUGCCAGUUACCUAAAUGCCCCUAUAUAUGACAGUGAUGGGGCCCUUGAGGAGUAUAUGGAGGCUUAUGAUAAAAGUGUUUUUAACACAGAUUAUAUUUCAAAUCUAUAUUACCAGUCACCUGAGCAACACAGAGACGCGGUUUCAUAUCGACAGGGAGCUCAAGUAACAGGCUUAGAUGUCGCUGAGGAUAAUGGAACUAUCUUUCUUGUUGCUGGUACGUGGAGCACGGGGACAUUAUUUGUGUACACAGUUGACGUCAGUUCCGGUCAACCUGUCCCACAAUUCAACAGUGUAGUUAGAUCCGGCGCCAAAGACUAUCCGUGGAGAGAUCUGUACCAGAACUUAACUUUGGGAACUGUCGGUGACUUAUACAUCUCUGACCUAGGGAUUAUUCCCAGUGAGCACAGCCCUACGGACAGUCCGCUACUGUAUGUUAUCAGUACAGGUGCAGGUGCCUUAUCAGUGUACUCUAUAGAGAAGCAGACAACAACUAUCCCUGGCUCCAUUUAAAUAGAAGAUGAUGAACACAGUCUGUAUUAUCGUGACUAUUCUUCUUUCCUGAUAGUCAGGUGUAUUGAAAUAAAAUCAUAGCUUCAUGCAAA